AUGGAAGAAAGAUAUGGCGCUUGCUUAUUCCUUAGUUUCAAUUGUAUAUUUUUCUUGUCAAUGUUCUCAAGAAUCUGUGAUGGCAAGGGAAUCGACAUCGGAAAUAAUUACACGUCAACUCCAGAGGAGCGACUAUAUGCCGAUCUCCUAGAUAAACGCCCAUACAAGAAAGUAGUGAUACCAAGAUAUGAUGCGUCACAACCCGUUACCAUAGAUAUGAGUUUCACUAUUCUACAAAUAAAAUCUAUGGAUGAGCAUCAACAAGAAAUGUCUUUCCAUGGCUGGCUAGACGUGAUUUGGAGAGAUCCUCGAUUGACUUGGAACCCCGUUGAUUAUGAGAAUGUGGACCAAAUCAUCGUUCCAGCAUCGAAUGUAUGGACGCCUGAUCUAACAUUAGAAAACUCGGCACAUGAUAGCAAGCUGUCUGACUGGUUAAGUAACUUCUACAUCCGUGUCAGGAAUGAUGGGAAACUCAUAUGGCAACCUGGCGGUGAAUUCGCGAUACAAUGCGAUAUCGAUAUAGCAUACUUCCCCUUUGAUGAACAACUUUGUGAGAUUAUAAUCAUGGCUUGGUCGUCCAGCACUCACAACAUAAUCAUAACCCCAAUCCAAGAGACGAUCCUGAUGAGAAAAUACAGGGAACAUGGCGAGUGGCACAUUGACGACACAUUCGCUGAAUCUAAAGUUGAACAUUCGCUGGUACAAGACGAGACCAACAUGUACAGUAUCAUGCGUUUCAAAGUACACAUGAUCAGGAAACCUCUUUACUUUGGAUUGAACGUGAUUUUACCGUGCAUACUACUUAGUCUUUUGACUGUGGGCGUGUUCUGUUUGCCCCCUGAGGCUGGGGAGAAGGUGGGACUAGGCCUUACUGUCCUGUUGUCAUUUAGCGUGUUUCUGUUGAUCGUAGAUGACUCCAUGCCGAGGACAUCAGAAGUUGUACCUCUCAUUAGUAUCUACUUGACAAGCAUAAUGGCGAUGACGGCUGCAUCUGUGUUUCUCACUAUUUGGGUUCUUGCAAUGCAUCAUCAUGCAGCCAAGCCAGUACCACAAUGGGUGCGCAAGAUUGUGUUUGGCAUUAUGGCGAAAAUGGUUAAUUUGAAACAUGCUCAUUCUCUUGCGAAUCGACACUCUGACCUUGCGAAAGUACAUCCGCGCAACAAUUUUCUGCAGAAGAAAGAUAGCGUAGCCACUAUUGAGUCUAUUGUGGUUGAAAAACGUGAAUCCCAGCGCAAAGAGGAUGAGAACAACGGCGGAGAAAUUCAAAAGAUUGUCACUCUCUUGGAAGAAAUUCUCAAGAAACAACAAGAAGAUGAAGCCGAGUCUAGUUACCAGAAAGAAUGGAUCGAGGUUGCCAGAGUUGUUGACCGAUUCUGUUUUGUAAUUUCUACUACGGUUGUCGUUACAUUAUCUGUAGUUCUGCUCUUGAUAAUUCCACUUGCAAGGCCUAUGAAAUCACUAGGUGAACAUCUUCAAUAGGAUUCAAUGUCACAUUGGAGACUAAUAUUAAAGAAAU